UUAAGUUGGUGACUUCCAAGGUUUCUUCUUGUCCUAUAUUACCCGUCUUUAUAUUUGAUGAGAUAGAGGACAUGCCUUCAAGUUUGCUAGACAGUAUCAAGAUGUUCAUGGACAACCACCCUAACAUAGAAGGCAUCGAUUAUCGGAGAUCCAUCUUUAUAUUUCGGAGCAACCUAGCUGCGACGGCCAUCAACGAUUAUGUUCUAGAUCAGUAUGACAAGGGAAGAGCCAGGGAGGCUAUCACCUUAGAAGAAAUGGAGGAAAUCAUCAGAAAGGACGUCCUUUCCAAAGCAGAUACCGGUCUGUACAAUGCCAAGAUCAUCAAUUCUCACCUCAUCAGCCACUUUGUUCCCUUCCUUCCGCUUGAAACUAAUCAUAUAAGGCAGUGCAUCAGGGCAGAGUUCUUAAAGAGUGGCCAGCAUUCUUACAAUAAGCAAGAAACGGAAAUCCUGGCACAGCUCGAGUUUUUUGGGCCGCCAGGUUCGAAAGCGUUCGCUGUGAAAGGUUGUAAGAACGUGGCAGAGAAAGUCAAUGUCAUUCUUUACCAACGACAUCGUAAUUACAAGAGGGCGAAUCUAAACUUUUAAUGUGGAUAAUUAUGUGAUUGUAUAGCUUUUUGGGGAAUCAGAAACAAGUAAUCUUUUAACCUGAC